UCAGUGCCAAUCUCAAUAUUUGUAUGGAUAACCAUAAAUAUUGUGUGAUUCUGUUAGGAUGUUGUAAAUAUUGAAGCGCUAAUUUUUCUGUCUCUUUACUGAAUAGAGAAAGGCAUUUCAUGUAACAUGUGAAAAAAAGGAGUUGAAGAUUAAAGUGAUAAUAAUAUCACGAUAGGAAAAACGUUUUAAUAAAAAACAGUAACCAUAUUUUGAUAUUUAAUAACUAACAUAGGGAUAAAUGUAAAUUUAAAUAUCAGAAUAAAGAUAACUGGUAUACUAAAAUAACAGGUUAAAUAUGUUUUAGAACCGUUUGACAUUAUUAAUAUAUACACGCGGUAAAGGUUCAAAGGCGAAUAAACGAGUUUGAAUGGAAAAUAAUUGAUGCAGACUUGUGAGCAUACUAUACAGAGAUCUGUUUCUUGACAGCAAUCCUCGUUUAUCUAUUUAACAUCUCACUUAUGUUUUUUUCUAACAUUAAAUCACUCAUGGCGAUGUAUUGGUUUUUUGUUCUGAGCUACCAUUAAUAAAGCAGACACGAAGACAUUUGCUUUGCAAACACAAGAUGACCACAAUCGGCAUCAUUGUUAAAUACUGAAGGGAGCUCUAAUGGAACUCUGACUUAAUAGCUUGUACGGUAAAUUUGGAUAUUUCUUUCUUAAGAGAUACGUUAGUGAGUGAACAAUUCAGACAUGACACUGUUUCCAGGGGGGAUUGUACAAUGGAAUUAUUUUGCCUUUCCUUUCUCGGGAAGAAAUACACAAAUGUCUGUUAUUGAUCUACAAAACGGCGUUUAGAUAUUGCCGAGAAGAAAUGUUGAGCGUGCUCAAUAUUUCAUGUGCUUGUCUUUGUGAAAUAUUUGGUAAUUCUUCUACUUCGAACAUCUUAAAAUAACAGUUUUAAUUGAUUUUAUCGCCGCUACAUCUGUAUACAAGUGCAGCUUCGAGUGUUGCAAAAUGCGAUAUUGUGAGAUAACUGGAUACUGGAUUACAGUGAUACAUUAAACAUGUCAAAUUGUUCAACAGUGAUAAUAUCAUGUUAACAUCGUUCAAUUUAGCAUGGAAAAUCAAUUUGAAAUAACAGAAAGUUUGACAUGAGAAUAAAAAGCUCGCUUGUAAAUUUUAUUCAAUGAUACUCUGAAGACAUUUAAAAGAGGUUGGUACAGAUGCUAUGUAAUUGAGACCAGAUUCCAAUACAUAGUGUAUAAAAAAGGGAAAGCAAUGCGCGCAGACUACGAUAUAUUAUUCUGGACGACAUUUGUCUCGUUGAAUUAAAGACUCAAUUUUUCCUAACACACGUUGCUAGACUGACUUAUUGUUUCUUGAUAGCUUGUAAAAUAUUUUGCUUCUAAAGGAGUAUGAAUUUACAUCGAUCGGUGGUGUUUAUUUUAGAAAUAAUUACAGGAGUUACGAUGCAUAAUAGCAGUCAUUGAUUAUUAUUAGAUAUUCAUUGUAAUCUUCUACACAUUAAUUCACUUUAAUACUGUCAAAUCAGGCAACUAGAAAUAAUUCUGGUUGCAGUAUUUUGCAGAGACAAUGUUAUCAUUACGACUACAAAAUUCAAGUAUACAUGUAACUGUGACAUAUUCAAAUAUAUUGUAGCAAAGAAGAUUUUUCAUCAAACACGUAUAUUUACAUUUAUGCCAUCAAAAGACGUAUAUUUUACAGUUAUGCCAUCAAAACGUGAAAUUAUAUUUUACUGUCUAUUGACAGUACUCAUUCGACUUUGUCUGGCAAAGAAAUAUAACUAACAAAAGAACACUCUCGUUAAAGUGUAUGUCCUGAAAUUAGCGUAAAGUUCACAAGUGAAAAAGCAUCUUGAUGACUAUUGGAUUGUUAGGUAUGCUCUGUAGUCUUCCAUCUCAGCCCCUCGAACCGGGGUCCAUUAUUGACCUUGAGAAGGUUAUCACCGAUUACGCUUGGCGGGAAUUGAAACGCGACCUUAAAUGGUACGACUGUGUGAAAAGGCUCGAUUUUACAUUUGAUGUUUCUUGGAACUUUUUUGAGUUCGAUCAUAAGACAACUAAGUUUCAUUUAAGAGCCGGGAGCUCUGAGGGUGGUUACAGGGAGAAGAAACAAGUGGAGUUAUUUAGAACUGACUUUACAAACAACACGAAUAAAGACCAGGUAUAUAAACUUCGUACACAACGACAGACAAAGGCAGCCACAAUAGUUGCUAUUCAGAAAGGAUUUACAUUGAAAGGAAAUUGUAAUUUUAAACUUAAAAUCCCAACAGAAAUUGGACAUUUCGGAGUUAGCGCAAGUGCCGAUGGCUACUUACGGGUAUGUCGACCACGAGGGGAAACGUUUGAGGACACGUUCACCUGGCAAGUUGAUAGUGACGUAACUGUAGAACCUAAUCAUGUUACAAAUGCAAGAUUACUGGUAACAGAAGAUGAAUUAGUAGCUGAUUUUGAAGUUCGUACAUUAAUGCGUAUGCCAACUGGCGAAGCACCAAUCAUAGUGAAAAGAAAAAACAACAAAGAAAUAUAUGCCGUCAUGAUGAUAUCAGAUUUACGCGACGUGUUUGCUGACAUUGAUUGCAAGAUUAUAAACAUUGGUAAAACCGAAAAGCAAGAAAGCGAUAGUAAAAGACCCCAGUCUAGAUAUGCUAUUGAAUUUAUUACUCAAGGGAUAUUAGAAAGUGUUAGAUGGCGUAAUCAGAAAAUAUGUCUACAGUCAUAUCCUAUUAGAGACUUCCGUGUAAGUAAAACUGAUGGAAUUACCACUAUAAUUGACGACCAGUCACCAUCUGGUCAAAGUUAUCCUAGUUCAGUACUCAGUAAAGUACUAGAACAUGCUAUUGCCGAUAGUAACGACGAACUUAGAGCGGAAAAGGAAGAUGAGAAAGGUGCAAGGGCGAAGAAAGAUCUCAGAUUCAAUAUAAUACCAACAGUCAUUAGUGAACCAGAGGAAAUUGUUGAUGCCCCUGAAAAUGUUUUAUCAACUCUUAUCAGGGAGAGUAUGAGUUUGACAGGGUCUCCAUCAAGAUCUGUAUCAAGACAACCUCAAAUACAACGCCAAGCGCAUGCUACAUCCAGAAUACCUGAAUUAACUGAAGAACCUAUAACACGGCCAAUCAUAAUCUCUCAAAGAGAGAUGCCGAAAGUUCAGGAGCUCCAAACACAAGACCAACCCGAAUUGAAGUCAUGUGACACAAGUUUAUAUCAGACUAGAGAUGUUAGUUUUCAAGAACAAUCAAACAUAUCACAGCAAUAUAGUCUACAUGAACAUCAAUAUAAAUCUCAAGUGGAGAAUUUUUACCUCCGGUCAGGGACUGGGGAACCAGCGAUAGCUUAUAGGCCUAUGUCAAGAGAUAUAACUAAGAUAGCAGAAGAGCCAGAAAGAGAACAAGCUGCCUCUAUGAGCAAACAGAGCAGCGUACAAUCCGAUGUUCAGUCUGAAGGAACGUUAGAUGAUGCCACGGAAUCGUUAGAUUCUGGUGACUCUCGCCGUGUUUCUAAGGUCACUAGUGUUUAAGAUAUGUAAGAUAGGUAUAUUUUAUACUCCCCGAAUGUAGGCAUUUUAAAGUCGUAUCGUCCGUUUGUCUGACUGCGUGUCCGUCCCACAUUUAAAGUUCACCCUAAGGUUUUGUGAUCGUCUGAUGUCCAUCGUCUGUGGUCCAAUGUUAAUCAAAAUUUUACUUUCUUUAUAUAAUUUCCGGAUCACCUUGUGAUUUUAAUCAGGCUUUGCAGGAUUAAUUCGUAGGUAGUCCUCUACAAAAGUUGUAUAAAUGGUUCCAGUUUUAUACAUAAGCAUAUAAUAAUAGCUUGAUUAAAAUCUUUAAUCGUUAAUUAAUAUGAACCUCGGUCAUUUUUCUUUAACUUUUUCAUUCACUCAGAUGGGCGAUAUGGACCUACGUGGUCUUCCUGUACCUUAGGAAUUUGGAGUAAUCGCUGAACCGAAACAAUUUGUCACAAAAAAACAUGCCCCUACCUCAGAUAUUACUAAAAUCAUGUUUAAAUACGCGCAUUUUUGCUCACAGUGUAAUUAUUUUGUUCAUUGAAGGAAAUAAGCAGUAGUGGCUAAAACAAUCAAAUCAAGAAGAUGCGUGUCUCGCGAGCACUACCCGCGACCUUGUUUAAGAGGUUUAGUUACUAAUUGGUAUAAAAAUAUGUUUACAGUGUUUGUUUUUGUGUCUAAGGUUUUAUUUGUGAAUUGAUUAAUUAAAGUUUUUAAAUCGACAUGUGUCCGUGGCAAGUCUUAAAGGUCAAGUUGACAUUACAAAGAUAAUAAUUACAGACCAUACAUUCAACUCUAUCAUUUGUUCAAGGUUACACAUACAGUUAAAGGCAAUGGUUCUGUUUUGUAUAUGCACACAUUCGUGUCCAGAAUGUAAUUUAUUUCAUGCAUAUAUUUGUUAAUAUGUCUUGAGAAGGAAUUGAUCGAGGCUUCAUUCGGGGGUAUAUAUCACGUGACAGCUUUUGUUUAUACUGCUCAUAAAAUCCUUUCUAGUUCAUUACAAAAAAUAUUCAUCGAUUAUACCAGAUAUGUAUUUUUUGAGAUUAAAGGAUAUUCAGGAGUUUUUACCGAGGUAAAUUCAUCAUAAAUAUAUCAUAUCACAAUGUUUUGUCAUAAUUCAGACAACAAUAUCAACGUACUCCCUUGUUAAACAAUGUGUCCCUAGUGGGAUAUUUUACACUAAUAUACAUAUUGAACAAAACAAACGUAUGUCUUAUAUGUUAAUAUGUGUGAAAUUUAGUCUCAUAUGUGUUGAAAAAGGACAAUAUCCUAUGUCUUCCACACACACCCACAUAAAAUCGUUCUGUUUUGAUAUCGUUUGGGGGAAAAAAGCAAAAUCGUAAGAUGUAGGUAAACAUAUCUACUGUCUUAAACACCAUACCUUUAAGGCUGUUUGUUUUCCAUAUAGUUCUUUUUCAAUGAUUAAUACUGCAAUAUGAGAACAGUGUGCUGUGGAAUAUAACAUUGUAUAUUAGUUUCUGAGUGCCUAGAUUAGCUGCAUCAAGUCACAUUUGUUACAAUUUAAUCUAUUUACGAUAUUUCAUAUCAAUUAAUGCAAGUUUCUGCAAGUAUUUCAAGUUUCUCCACAUUUCUUUUUCAUACAUUUUUAUAUAUUAGCACUUACAUUCUUUAAGUACAGUUUCAUUUGUUAACACAAACGUGAAUAAUUGAAUAUCAAUUAAUAUCGGGCAUUUUGAUUGUGUAUUUUUAUCUUUUGUAUAUACAUGUAUAUGUCAAAGGAAUUUCGAUUGAAUUGUUCAAUUAAACGGAUACAUAAAUGUAUUCAUUAACUAGAUAAAAAUCGUGUACAAUAAAUAACCCUGUGUUUACAUGCACUAACUUUUCUUGUCACACCAUUUGUUAUUUAAAGCUACAAUUAUGUUAAUUAACUUGUUAUUUCAAUUAUUUUUGUUGUUACCAGUUGCUUUGUGAAAGAGUUAUUAAAACA